AUGGAUUUCCACGAUGUUUCCAAGGUUCCGCGGUACGCCCAGUUACUCAAGAAAUACAAGCAAAAUCUCAAACAUGAUCUUCGCCUCAGGGGCCAGCACCUAGGGCCAAGAAAGUCGAGAGAUGAAAUCUUAUUGCAGUUGGAGCUUCGACGAAUGGUGGAUGAGGAUUGUCCGGAAAUCAUGUCAACUUCUUUCUACUUUCUACCACCGGCUUACACUCCAUGUACUCUCCCUUUUAAGGAAAUGAGCAAAAUCAAGAUUCGAGAUCUUAGCCUUGAAACUCACCACCGGGGUCAGUAUCUAUUGCUGAGGACAAUCACUCCGACAUACGAAAUGACCGCCGUGACGGCAAUUGUGGAAGAUGAAGAUGACGAGGUCCUCACGUUAGAACUCUACAAUCAGAAAAAUAAGCUAUCUAGCGCGCUGAACCUUCCUGAGGGAACAAUUCUGAUUGUGAAGGAGCCCUACUUGAGAUUGUUGACUGAAAAUGACUAUGGACUUCGAGUUGACCACCUGUCGGAUAUCAGGUUCUUGCCAGAAUUUGACAAUCUCGUCCCGUUAUGGUGGAGAGAUUCAAUCGAUUCGGCUACUGUAUCCGCCACUUCAUGGAAAGAAAAAGGGAACGAAUAUUUUAAUGACAAUGUCUAUCGCCUGGCAAUUGAAUGUUAUUCAAAAGCGCUGGAAUCCACGCCCUCGCCAGAGCUAGCGAUCACAACAUUACUCAAUCGUGCUCUUGUAUAUCUCAAAACCCAUCAGUUUGAUGCAGCUCUUCUUGAUGCAAACACAGCCCUGUCGAAGUCCAAUUUGUCUGAAAAGGCCCUUUUCCGCAAAGCUCAAGCGCUUUAUUAUCUUGGAAGAUUUCAAGAGUCUUGCGAAACGCAUCAGAUUCUUCAAGGAAAGUACCCGGAAAACUCCAUGGCUCGACAUGAGUUCAAACGGGCGGCCGCAAGACUUGCAGAGCAAGAUAGUGGCAAAUAUGAAUUCGGGAGAAUGGCACUUGAAGCAAAAAAGCGACAGCCCCCAUAUCUCGAACGUGGCACUUAUAUUGGUCCCGUGACUGUGAGACCAACUCGGUCUCAUGGAAAAGGUCUGUUCACGAAAGAGGCAGUGAAGGCGGGCGAUCUUCUACUCUGCGAGAAGGCUUUUGCUUAUGCCUUUCAUGAUGCUCAUGAAAUGAAUGAGCCGAGCUUGGUGCUUAACGCUGACACGAACAGAGUUACACUUGGCACACAUGCGAAACUUGUCGAAAUGAUUGCGCAUAAGAUUCACAGAAAUCCUUCUUUGUUUGCUACAUUCUUUGAUCUCUACCACGGCACAUAUGAGCCGGUUUCUGUCCAAGAAGUGGAUGGCCUACCUAUCAUAGACACCUUUCUCGCCGAACGAAUAAUUUCACUCAAUGGUUUCGGAUGCCCUCGACUCAGUCACAAUAUUCACAUAGAUGUUUCAGGCGACGCUCACGCUGCUGAAAAAGCAAACGGCUUCUACUCCUGUGGGGUCUGGUGCAUGGCAUCACACAUCAACCAUUCAUGCUUCAGUACUGCCUAUCGCUCGUUCAUUGGAGAUAUGAUGAUUGUUCGAGCAACGAGAGAUCUUCCACCAAAUACUGAAAUUACCUUCUGGUACAAAUCACCCCUGAAGAGGAAAUCAUUCAUGGCCCCGAUAGACCUACGGCAAUGGGGGUUCAAGUGUGAUUGCAUAAUCUGUCAGAAUGUCAGGAAUACAGACAAGGAUGUGUUGACAACUAGAAAAAGAUUACGAAAAAGACUCAUGGUCGAUCUGCAGGAAUUUCACAAAGCCAAGAGGAAGGAUUUGGGGAAGAUAGAGGAUAUGAUAGCAAGAAUUACGGAUACCUAUCCUCAACCAGCAUCUGAAGUUCCUCGUCUUGCCCUCUGGUCACCAUACCUGAGCCUUGCUGCACUCAGCCGCGGAUCAUAUCAACCCGAAUUAAGCAUCAAAUUCGGGUUGAAGGCUCUGGAGUCCAUUGGAUAUGUGAUUGAUGGCGGAGGUUUCCCUCGUGCCUCGGGAAGGAAACUGGUCGUUCGGCGAUGGGGAUUGGUGAGUGAUGGGGUUGUUAGAUGCUGGAUGGUUCUUCGCAGUGCGUACCAUGAGGUGGACCCUACAAUUGCAGCUCAGGCCGAGGAAUUUGCCAGGAUCUCCUACAAAAUCGCCGUCGGAGAAGAUGAAACAUUCGAUCUAACAUACCGCAAACUGUCGUCGCGAACCGAUGAAUUACCGGUAGCUACAGAAUAG